CUCUUUCUUCCCAACCACCAUGCUGUCGAAAAUUCUCGAUUUCGCGUCCUUAGAAAGCUCUUCUAAACAUCGCCAACUGCCUUCUCCUCCCGGUUUCUCCAAAUCGCUGGCCACGUCCAAAGGGCCGGCCAAGUCAUCCACCACCUCGACAGCUGCUUACGAUAAGCUAAAAGAACGUCGAGCAUGGGAUAUGGCCAUCGCUCCCGCCAAGUCACUACCAAUGCAAGCUUUCAUGCUCUACAUGUCCGGCGGCGGGGUACAGAUAUUCAGCAUGGGCAUCGUUGCGAUGCUCUUGUGGACACCAUUCAAGAACAUUGCUGGUAUUAAUGAAGCCUUUGUGCAAUUCGCGCCGUCAAAGGCCCAACCAAAAUCGCUCACGACCCUGCCUCUGCAAAAGAUCGUAUACGUGUUAUGCAAUAUGUUGACGCUUGCAGUGGGUCUGUGGAAAUGUCGUUCAAUGGGGUUGCUGCCUACUGGGACGGGAGACUGGCUUGCUUUCGAGACGAGAGGUCUGGCUCCCGAAUUAUCAUUAUUCUAAGUUGGAGGGGAUAUUUCGCUAUUGCCAUUUGUUGAGGCCAGUGUGAUACUAUCCCGGUUUCUUACUGCCAAGAUCCUUCAUCGCUUUCUCCACCUCAAGCCUCUCCAUAACAGCCCGGGUAAGACUCGACUUGCUUCUAGCCCCACCUGCAGCCUGUGGCGUGGUAGAAGUUCCUGAAGCUAAAGGUUGUUCAUGAAUCCGCAAGUGAUGUGGUACGAUAAUUGGCGUUGAAGGCGGUGGUGGUGGCCACUAAACGGGACACUUAGAGACACAAUUAGGCGACUGAAAGAAAAUACUUGCGUUUCGUCUCGGCUGAUUGAAAUGAAGUGCAGCCCACGGCGGGUAUUCCUUCUCCAGCCGGAUGAUGUGCUCCUCAAG